AUGGCUGCUUUUGGUAGUCUUUGCAUUGUCGUACUAAUGGUUGCUCUUGACGCUACAUCUUUAGCAGUCGCAUUGCCUGUUAUUACAGAAGCUCUUACAGGCUCUGCUGUGGAAGCUUUUUGGAGCGGCACUUCGUUUCUUCUCGCAUCGACUGUAUUUCAGCCAAUAUUAGGAUCAUUCUCAAAUGUCUUUGGAAGAAAACCGCUCAUUAAUGUUAGCAUGACUCUUUUCUUAGUGGGCUCAAUCGUCAUUGCUAUUGCCACGAAUUUCACAGUUGUACUGGUAGGAAGGACCAUCCAAGGUGCAGGCGGAGGUGGGAUCCUGUGCAUAACAGCCUUGAUAGUCGUUGACAAGAUUCCUCUAAAAGAACGUGGGAAAUGGUUUAGCUCGCUUGGAGCUAUGUGGUCCCUCGGCACCGUCACAGGACCUUUACUUGGCGGAGGCUUGGCUAAAGAAGCCUUGUGGCGCUGGAUUUUCUGGAUCAAUAUCCCGUUUAUUGGCAUCGGCGGAAUAUCCAUCGCGAUAUUUUUGAGAUUCAAUAAGGCCAAUGUAGCUCUUGUCGCAAAGAUGAAGGAGUUAGAUUGGGUCGGAAUGAGUCUUUUUCUCACAUCGGCAACGGGAUUUCUUAUCCCCAUCACUCGGGGUGGUGUUGAAUGCCCCUGGAACUCAUGGCGUACGCUCGUACCGCUCUCCAUGUGCACUGCUGGACUGAUGAUAUUUGCUUUACACCAGGAGUAUGUGGCCAAAAACCCGUUCAUUCCUAUUGCCAUCUUCAAAAACCGGUCUGCAUCAAUCACGUACAUGCAAACUGUCGUUUAUGGCGUCCUUCUAUCAAUGGUAAUGUUUUACCUUCCACUUUAUUUUGAGGCAGCAAAGGAUAUGUCGCCUGUCAUGGCCGGUGUGGGCAUGUUUCCAUGGAGCUUCACGCUGGCCCCAACUGCAAUGAUUGUCGGAAUCGCUAUAUCGAAGACGGGAGCAUACCGAUGGGCGAAUUGGCUAGGUUGGUGUGUUGUGGUGGUCAGCAUGAGUCUCCUCGUACUGCUCAAAUCCGAUACACCAACAGCCGUAUGGGCGUCAAUAAGUCUCGUUGGUGGUAUUGGACUCGGAGUACUCUAUCCGGCCAUGAUUCUCGGUGUUCAGGCCUCUACGACCGCGGAAAACCAGGCCUCCGCAACAAACAUGUUCACGUUUUCCAGAGCUCUUGGCCAGACCCUCGGUGUUGCAGUCGGCGGAGUAGUGUUUCAAAACAUGAUUGAGAAGAGGAUGCUGUCAAAGCCGCUCCUGGCUAGGAAAGCCAGGGAAUAUUCCAAAGAUGCAAUAGGCUUGGUACAGAUCAUCAAAGCUAUGCCGAAGAGCGAUGUAAAAGAGCAAGUGAUUGAGAGCUUCACUUACGCACUUAGAUAUAUCUGGAUCGUAGCGGCAGCGAUCGCAGCGAUCGCACUGCUCGCGAGCAUCUUCAUUGAGGCGUAUCAGUUAAGCGAUCCACUCGAGGCGGACCAGGCCGCUGAAGAACACAAAAAAUAG